GACGCGGACACUGGUGGAUGAGCUGCUUGAGGCUGUGGUCGGAACAGUGUUUGUUGAUAGAAGCGAAGAGGACCCUGCCCCACCAGAAGACCCCACGGUCGGGGGCGAGUGUGGCACGGAGAUGAUUGGUGCCCUAUGCAGGCUGCUGCUGCUCCCCACCCUCCCGGCCACCUCUAUUUGUCACGCCGCCUGGCUGCUCGACCAGCUGCUGCCUACCAGUAGUGGCAGCAGUGGCCUGGCAGCGAGGAUGGACGCUGGACAGGUGGAGAGCAUCCAAGGGGCUCUGCAGUCCGCGCGGUUGGGGCUGGUGGACGAACUGAGGGGGAUGUGGUGCGAUGCACUGCUGCCGCUGGUCCACCUGGAGUGGCCAAAAGCAAGGCAGGUGGUGUUGCAACCAGCCCUUGACUCCACCGGCAACGCCAUGCUUGCGUGGCUGCAUGCGCAGCAGUCAUAUGAGGCUGGCAAGGUGCUGGCUGCCCGCAAGGGGGCCGUGUCCCACCAGUUACCUGGCCACCGCUCGCUGAGCCUCUCCGCUCAAGCUGCCGUGCACGUGCAUCACAAGGUCAAGCGGCUGGUUGCCAUGAUGCAGGUGCACGAGCUGCUGUCCAAAUCCGACAUUCCCGAGGCCUGUGCUCUGCCAGCGAUACCCAACACUGACAUCGCCACUGUGGAAGUCAAGGAGUCCAGUGAGGUGGACCUCGCCAAGACCACCAACAUCCGCUGCACUGUGUCUUUUGCAAAGGGCCAGGAGCGCAGCGUGUACUUUACCGUCUAUGGCUGCCCCACGCCAUCCGUGGGCAGCGGCGACAAGCUCAGUCCCCAGGACAUGGCAGGGAUUGCAAAGUCGAUGCCUGUGGUGAUUCUGGCAGCGCCUUCUGAGACACGGCUGAAUGCGGGGACGGUGCUGUCUGUGGCACCGUUGCUGGGGACUGACCCCGUGGUGGAUGGCUCCCACCCGCGCUGGCUGCAUCUGCAUGUCCGUCCCCCGGUCCGGAGAUUCCUUCGGGCCAUCAAGUCAUCAGAGCAGGGCAACAAGCCUCUAACCUCAUCGUGGCAACAGCUGGUGGAUGGCCACUGGGUGCUGUCCUUCCCAGACGAGGAGGCGGCCGUCAAUGCAAAGGCUCUCGUGCAGGAGCAUGCAGCAAAGAUCACUGCAAUGUACUGCGACGUGCUUUCGCCGCUGCUUUCCCCUGCCGCUGGUGCUCCAUCUUGA